GUGGUCCGAGAGGAACUAGUGCGAAAAUUGGCAGAGACACGUCUCUUAGAUCGUACCACAAUCACUCCGGAUAAGCCAAAUGGCCCGGCUAUGGCUUCUGAAGCAGAUGUACAAGGCAAUACAGCAUCUGAGUCAGACGAGAUUGAAGCACGCAUCAAGAUACCAGUUCGAAGGACAAAAACCGAAAAGGAGCUGCUGCUUUAUAUUCCUCGAAAGAAAGCAAAGCCAGAGAUUAAACAUCAUCCGCAAAGAAUCGGCGCUGAGGGAGAAGGAUAAGACUUUAGGGAGACUAGGGAGAGGAGGGAAAGGGGAGGGAAAGGGGAAGGGUUUGAGAAGUGGAGGAAGUUAUUGAAC